AUGGGCAUCAGCACGGAUAUGUGGACGGUCGGUGGGGCAAUGGCCACGAUGAUUUCCAUGGUGUGGCUGGUGAUUGUCGGGGGGCCGGUUGGCCGGUGGUUGUGGGAUUGGUGGAACAAGGAGGCGAGGGCCGCGGAGAGGGCCGCGGAGAGGCAAAAGGAGGAGCAAAAGGAGGCGCAGCGGGUGGCGAAGGAGGACGAGAAGUCGGAUUUGCUGGGGAAGAUGGUAGAGGCGCAGCAGGGGGUUUUGGAGUUGCUGCGACGGGCAGAGGCGGCGGAUGAAAAGAGGGCGGAGAGGGAAGGGGAGAUUUUGAAGUUGCUGCGUGGGGCAGAGAAGGUGGAGAGGGAGAGGGCGGAGAGGGAGCGGGAGAUUCUGGAGUUGCUGCGUGACGCAGUGUGGUCGGAUGCUGUGGAGCAGCAGCCUGCCACAGCGCCAUCAUCCUAG